AUGUAUGCGCAAAGGGAUUCGUCGGGUACCCUACUUACUCAGGCUUUUCAUCCACCAUCGUCCGAGGAACAUUUUUCUUCUCAAAAUUUUUUUGAACAACAGCAACAGCAGUACAAUCAAGAACAACUUGAAGAGAUUCAAGAACAACUUAACCAAUCUAAUAUAGUUCAACGUUUCCAAAUCAAUGAGAACAAUAAUUUUACUUUUCAGACCUUUGAUAAUAAUCCCCUUCUCGGAAAUUCCCUCACUGCUGAUUGGUCACAGAUUUAUGGAAAUGAUGAUAUGUGUGGUUUAGUAGAUGGUUCGAAUUUUUCUAACGGUGUCUUUGUUGAUGGUCUAAUACCUCAAAAUUUAGUUGGUGAUGCUAGUUCUUGGGUACUUAAUCAACCCUCGGGUUUUGUCAAGCAAGAAACUCAUUCUUCAUUAUCAAAUUCUCCUUCCGAGGCCGGUUCCGAUCAAAAUAAUGAAUCGGUUAUGUCCUCUAAUUCUAACGAUCAUACUAGAGCUCAAACCCCUGUUCCUUUUCAUAAAUCUAAUAUUCCAAAUUAUUUAACCGCUCGUCGUCGAAGUUUAUCCGCUGAUAAUAUACAUGCUCUGGCAAAAGCUCAACAACUAGCUAAUCGUAAGGUCACGUAUCUCGCUCAACAAAAUUCUGAUUAUUUAUCUUUUCCCAGAUCUCAAUCUUUGGCUUUUGAUCAACAUUCUCAAUUCUCUCUUCAAAAUACAAAACAACAGCCCAUUCAAAUGCAAGAAACAACUAUAAACCAAAACAUUUUACUUUCUGAUAACCAAAAUACUAAUCAAAUUAAUGAUAAUGAUGCUCAACAAAAUAAUUCUGUUACUGCUAGUCCUCCUCAACAACCUACAAAUCGUCCUCAAUUAUCUAGAUCUGUUUCUCAUCAACAGAUUGGUCCAAUUAAUCAUGCUCAAAGGCUUACCGAAUUUCAAGCUAGAUUUAAAGUAAAAUUAGAUAAAAGAAAUCAAAGAAGUAUGCCAAAUAUUCAUGCCGCCGCUCAUGCUGCAAUGGCUCAAUCUUCUAUAAAUCUUCAAAAAUCUAAUCCUUCAAUCGGUGGCCCUGCUAACGGUAGUGUGCCUAUAAUGGAAAUUAAUCAGCCCUUGUCCUCUCAAUCGUUCGCCUCUGAGAAAUCUAAUUCUCUUAAACCAUCUCCUAAUCAACCUCGUCGUGGUCAUAUGCGUAAACGUUCUCUUUCCGCUCCCACGACUCCAUUUCCAAAUCUUACGCAACAGUCUCCCGGUUCUAUUCCCUUGCAACCUGCUCAAUCUUUUCCUCUAAACUUUCCUAUGUCCUUCAGAAGGCCUAAUGCUAUUCCUAUUCAAAUUCAUAGAAAUCCUAAACAUUCUCAUGCUAGUGCUCCUUUAUCUUCUGAGGAGUAUCAACGUAAACUUAAUGAAGAAUUAGAGAAAGUUGACUUUGAUGAUAUCACUGUUAGUGAACUCAAAGAAAUGUUACGUCAAAGAGGUAAACCUGCUACUGGUAAAAAAGCUGUAUUGAUGCAAAGGCUUCAAGAGGAAGUAGAGCACGUUAAAGCUAUGAAAAAUAAUAGCCAACAACUUAAGAACCAAAUGAUGUCAUCUCCCACAUCUCCUUCUAGUGGUGUAUCUUUGCAAAGAAGUAUUGCUAAUUUACAAAUAUCCAGUCCGCCCAUACAACAUUCUAGACGCUUUAGUCCUUAUGGUAGCGUCAGUAUUCCGGGCAGUCCAAGAAUAAUGCCCAGCGGGCUGGGUAAUGGGCGAUCUGGCUUUAAUGGAAAUGUUCCAUAUACUGAAGGUGAUGAAUGGCAGCAGCACUUUCACAACGUUGGAAUGGUAUCACCAUUAGCUUCACAUGAUCUAGAUGAUGCGGUUCAAUCUCAAGCUAUGAUUAUAAUGGGAUCACAGCAACCGCAAGAAAUGUAUGGACAACAACAACCUUCUUCUGCACCACCUACUACAACUGAAUUUGAACAAGCAUUUCAACAACAACCAUCAUCUGCUCCUCCGAUGACAACCGAAUUCGAAACUUUUGAAUUCAUGAAUCCUAUGGCUAUGAAUAUGAUGUCAAUACCUCCUGAUAUGAUGAGGCUAAAUGUUAAUGAUGAUUUAAAACAAAAUCCAUCUGAAAAUAAACCAGUAAUGAAUGAUGACCGACAAUCAUCAGGUUCAAUGGUUUCGUCAACAUCAAAUGAUACGGUGACUGGAAUGUUGACACAACAGACUUUAGAGUUCGAUUUUAAUGCUCAACAUCAUUUACAAGAUGGAAAUGUUCUUAUAAAGUCUGAAGACUAUCUUAAUUACUCUCCUAUGGCCUCUAUUUCUCAUCAAUCAUCUCAGCAUUUACCUAUGCAAAUUGAACUUCCGCAAGAUGGAAUGACUUUUA